AUGCCUUCAGCAACCGAGGACAGUAACGAUACUUCAAAUGGCACCGCUUACUCCAGCAUCCCUACGUCUUGCCCUUCUUGCCCGACCCCACUGAGGUACUCCGGUUCCCUCGAUCAUCUACGUUAUUUCGAAAUCACUCCUAUCAUUGGCCGCGAGUAUCCCGAUGUGAAAGUCACCGAUAUACUAAAUGCUCCAAACGCCGAAGAGCAGAUCCGCGAUUUAGCAGUUAUCAUUUCUGAACGAGGCGUCGUUUUCUUCCGGGACCAGAAUGACCUUGACAUGGCCGACCAGAAGAAAUUUUGCGAUUUACUUGGAAAGCUGAGUGGAAGGCCUGAGGAGAAUGGGCUACAUGUGCAUCCGAUCUAUCGCGAUACAGGGAAUUUGACCUUGUCGGAUGGAACGACUGAUGAGAACAUAUAUGUCAUCAACUCCGAAGCCCAAAAGAAAAUCUACAAAACAAUGGCCCGACGCGCCCCCACGGAACCCCGAGAUCUCUCUCGCGAAUGGCACAGCGACAGCACCUUCGAAAAUGCACCCUCCGACUUCUCGUUCCUCAAAAUGGAAGAAACGCCUCCUCAUGGCGGCGACACGCUCUGGUGUUCCGGCUACGAAGUUUACGACCGCAUGUCACCUGCCUUCCGCAGCUACCUGGAAACGCUAACAGCAACUUGCGCGCAACCCGUCUUCAAAACUGCUGCAGAUGCUGGUGGAUAUGAAGUCAUGAGUCCCAGGGGGAGCCCGCUGAACGUUGGUGAUGAGUUUGCUCCCAGCCAUCCGGUGGUGCGGACGAACCGGAUUACAGGUUGGAAGGCUAUAUUUGCGGGUGUCGGAUUGCAUGUCACGAAGAUCAACGACGUUUAUAGCUACGAGGACCAGAUGAUCAGAGAGUAUGUGAUGAGGUUGAUCACGCGGAAUCACGACUGUAUUGCGAGGAUGAAGUGGACGAAGAAUGCGGCGGCGAUUUGGAACAAUAGUUGCGUUUGGCAUGCUGCCACGCCUGAUACACAUCUCGUUAAUGGCAACAGGACUGGUGUAAGGGCGUCCAGCAUUGGGGAGGUGCCAUACCUCGAUCCCGAUUCGAAAUCUAGGAGAGAAGCGCUUGACAUCCCUAUCAUUUGA